AUGGAGUUCACAUCCGUCAUCAUCCUCAGAAAUACAAUAAAGGAAUACUUUAUACACGUUGAUAGGGAAUAUGUCUUAAGAGUGAAUGAUGCCCAUAGAGUGAGAGUGAAGUGUAGGGGUGAGGGUUGUGAAUGGAUGAUGUUUGCAUUGGUGCAUGGUGGCAGAGAUAGUUGCACUUUCAAGGUGAAGACACUUAUUGAUAAGCACACUUGCGGUUUAGUGUUCAAUAAUAUACAUGUCAACACAACUUGGCUUGCAAAGCACUUUCUUGACCAUUUCAGAUUAAAUCCAAGCAUGACAUAUGCUGCAUAUAAAGAGAUCACUACGAAAAUCAAGUUUGCUCAAGUGUCAAGUUGGUCUUUUGUUAGAGCAAAGACCAAGGCUAGAAAGAUAUUGCAAGGAUCUAUUGGGGAACAAUCCAUUCUUGAUGAAUACUAUAAAAUGUUGUUGUCCACUAAUCGUGGCUCCACAACAAAGAUUAUAACUAGCGUGGUUGAUGGCAAAAGAACAUUUCAGAGAGUCUAUAUAUGUCUUAAGGCUUGCAAAGAUGGUUGGAUAAGAGGGUGCAAACCUCUAAUUGGGCUUGAUGGGUGUUUUUUGAAAGGUUAUUGUAAAGGAAUGCUAUUGGCUGUUGUAGGUAUUGAUGGGGACAACUCUAUGUUUCCCAUAGCGUUUGCUGUAGUUGAGAAAGAGAAUACUGAGGUUUGGAAGUGGUUUAUGGAGUUGUUGAAGUCUGAUCUUCUAAUUGAAGACACUAAGAAGAUCACAAUGAUGAGUGAUCGACAAAAAAGUUUGGAGAUUGCAUCUGGAGAAUUAUUCAAUGGAAGUGAGGAGAGGUUCUGUGUUAGACACCUCCAUUCAAACUUCAAGAAGGACUAUCUAGGUCUUCUACUUAAGCAAUUGUUGAGGGCAGCAGCUUGUAGUACCACAUUGCCUCAGUUUGACAAAGCAAUGAAAGAACUAAAAAAUGUGAAUGAAGGGGCUUACAAUUCGUUGUCAGAUAAAACACCAUCAGAAUGGACAAAGUCUCACAUGUCAGAGUAUCCAAAAUGUGAUAUGUUACUUAAUAAUUUAUGUGAAAGCUUCAACGCAGCCAUCAUUGAUGCUAGAGACAAGCCAAUUAUUAUGUUAUUGGAGAAAAUAAGGUUUUGGCUUAUGUCUCACUUUUACAAAAAGAAGCAAGCAAUGGAGAAAUGGACUCAGCCAGUGGGCAAAAGCAUCUUAAAAAUCUUGGAGAAAAAUAAGCAAGUUGCAAAGAAUUUCUUGGUGACAAGAGCUAAGAAUUAUACAUUUAAGGUGACGAUUUCUAGUAUUAUCAAUGGACUUAGAGAUCAGAAAGUGUACAUGUAG